CACUUUUUUCCACUGUCCUCAUCCUCAGUAAUUGCCACUACAUGUAAAUAUCAAGUGGUUAGUGAAUAAUUAGUGUUUCAUUGGCCAGCAAUCACCUCUGGGCCCCGUCUACACUCUAGACCCCUCCCCUGUAGAGCCGCCCUGAAGACAGGGGCCCCUUUUGAAUGACAGCGCUGCGAAGGAAGACGAAUUUUUGUCUGAUUUCCCUCAGCCGCAGCGUCGAUGAGAAGCAGUCGAGGAACUCCAUUCUAACUGAAUGGAUUGGUAUGGGGAGAAGCGGACCACAAAUCACGGCUAAGCGGCAGCUUUGGGACUGUGUAACGUUGACGAUGGUUUUACUUUCGCUGCUGUUUCGACCAGCUCACUGCCAGCAGUGUCGAAUCCAGCGCUGCAAUGCAGAGUAUGUGGCUUCUACCUCACCCUCUAGUGGUCUGCAGGAGGACGUGGCUAUGGAUGUGGACUACUGCAUCGCCUUGCGGGCCUACGCUCUGUGCACCCGGCGGCAGGCGCGCAGCUGCAGGGGCGACCUGGUCUACCACUCGGCCGUCUUCCGCAUUAAGGAGUUAUUCUCUCAGCAUAACUGCUCCAGCGAUGGGCCCACCUCCUCCGCCAAGGUCCCCAGCACAUCUCGCCCAGCCGUGUCGGAGCUGUGCGACUAUGAGAACCGGGUGCUCGUGUCGGGCUCGGGCGGUCAGCAGAAGAAAUACGCCCACUGUGGAUUAUUCGGAGACCCGCACCUACGGACUUUCCGAGAUGAGUUUCAGACCUGCAAGGUGGAAGGGGCGUGGCCACUGAUUGACAACCGCUUCCUGUCGGUGCAGGUGACCAACGUGCCUGUUGUCCUGGGCUCCAGCGCUACGGCAACCAGCAAGAUCACAGUGAUCUUCAAGUCUUUCCACGGCUGCACAGAUCAGAAGGUGUACCAGGCCACCACAGAGGAUCUGCCACUGGCCUUUCAGGAUGGGACUCGCAGCGGUGGCGAGAGCGGCAGCCUGACCAUCGUGGAGCGCGGCGGCUCCGGGGUGGGCCGGCAGGUGAAGAUACAAGCCCGUUACAUCGGCACUUCCAUCAUCGUCAGGCGUGUAGGCAGCUACCUGACCUUUGCCAUCCGCAUGCCAGAGGACACCCUGGACUUUUCGGAGGACAAUGGCGGUCUGCAGCUCUGCCUGCACGGCUGCCCACGCAAUGAGCUCAUCAAGGAGCACACGCUGGGCCGUCAGGGCCAGCAGCCCCGCCUGCAGGGCACCAACACAGAGCUGGGUCCUCUGCGGCCUCCUCACCAGGUCUACACGGUGGAGCGGGCCACAGCCAAGUGUAGAGAAACUCUGCAAGUGGAGGACGUGUACUUUCAGUCCUGCGUGUUUGACUUGCUGACCACAGGAGACCCUGAGUUCUCCAUGGCAGCCUACGGCGCUCUGGAGGAUUUAAAAGCGCUGCCGCCCAGUAAACUGAAGCAGAACUCCCCGAGGACUCCACGUCUUUACAACCGAGGGGCGUCUCACAUGGCGGCUGCAGCUGCAGCAGCUAACACCUCCCUGCUCUCACUCCUGCUCCUCAUUCUGCUGCUUUUGUAAAAAAAAAAAAAAUAUAUAUAUAUAUA